GUAGAAAAUCGCUACAUAGGAUGAUAAAAUGCCGAUUUGCUGGCUUGUUAGCGGGGAGGGGAAUCAUAGACCCAUCCGACUGCCUCACCUACAGACUGUUGUGCUGGGUCGAGGCCCAGAAACUACUAUUAAAGACAAGAAAUGCUCUCGGCAGCAAGUUGAAUUGAAAGCAGAAUGCAACAAAGGUUAUGUCAAAGUUAAACAGCUGGGCUUGAACCCGACCUCCAUAGACUCUGUGGUGGUGGGUAAGGGCAAUGAGGUCAAAAUGAAGCCCGGACAGAAGCUUCAUAUUGUCAAUCAGCUCUACCAAUACACUGUACAGUUCAAGGAGGAUCCCACCGGGGGCCAAGACCGCACCAAAAGACCACGAGAGCCGGCUUCAGUAGACAGAGAGAGCCACAGAGAGGUUCCGGGUAUGAAAGCGGCUAAACAGACAGAAAAGGUGCCCACGUUGGUCAGCCAUGGAGAAGCCACAAAAAGCAGUGGAAUUGGACAUUGGAGCCAAGGUCUGAAGGAGUCAAUGCAAGACCCAAAGAUGCAGGUGUACAAGGAUGAUAAAGUAGUGGUAAUCAAAGAUAAAUACCCUAAAGCUCGCUACCACUGGCUGGUCCUCCCGUGGCAGUCCAUUUCCAGUCUGAAGGCCUUACGCGAGGAGCACUGCGACCUGGUGAAACACAUGCAUCAAAUUGCUGAUCAGAUGGUUCAGCAGUGCCCGGAUGCUAGCUCGCUAAGCUUUCGCACAGGGUACCAUGCUAUCCCCAGUAUGAGCCAUGUACAUCUCCAUGUGAUCAGCCAAGACUUUGACUCUCCUUGUUUAAAAAACAAAAAGCAUUGGAACUCAUUCACAACCGACUAUUUCAUGGAUUCCCAUGAUGUCAUUCAGAUGCUUGAAACAAAUGGAAAGGUCGCUGUCAAAGAAGGAACCAGUGAGAUGUUAAAACUACCUCUCCGCUGUCACAUGUGUCACAGAGAGCUUCCAACCAUACCAGCUCUGAAGGAACACCUGAAGUCUCACUUUCCCCAGUUAAGAAAGUGACCUCAAGAAGGGUACAAUAGGUUAGGACGUUUAUGCAUUCAACCUAGGACUGCAGUGUGCUAGGCAUUUUUUUGUUGAUGUUAAUUUAAAUUUAUGUUCUCAUAAAACUUGUUUCAAAAAAUGUAAUAAUGUGACCGGAAUACAAUCUUCAUCUAUAGCUUUAGUUGCAUUUUCAACUCGUCAUUUUUUAUUAGGUGUAAGAGGAAGGUCACUUAUGUUAGAUUUCAGUUUUCAGUUUUUUGUAAUAUGGCAUCUAUUGUUUCCACAUGUUCAAACAUGUUUAAGUAUGUUGUAAUAAAUGUUUUCAAAGAACUGA